AUGCAUAAAUUUGAAACGAAGGUAAGAUUUUUUCUUUCAUUUUGAAAAAUGAGAUUGCUUUUCAGAAUCUGUUAAGCCAUGAAGGCCGGAGCAAAGUCCAAGUCAACGAUGUUUCGAAGGAGGCUGCUGAGGACACGUUCGUCUUGAGGAGCUCGAAGAAGUCGUCGUCUUCUUGGACUUUGAGAGAUGGUGAUUAGAUUAAUUGAAAAAUCAUAAUAUUGACUGAUUUUUGGGGUAUUAACUAUCAGAAAAAGUUGUUUCUGUAAGUAUUGAAGUUUGAUUCAGAGAAGCUUGAUCAUUCUGAAAAAAAUCAAAAAAAUUACUGUAAAAAUUUUUCAGUUGCCGCCAAGUUCUGUUGGAUCCUUCUCAACACUCCCUGUCAGCAGCUGGAAAACUGA